AAAAAAAAUGGGGUUGUAACACUGAAGCCGGUAUGAUACAGGGCGGAACGUUCGACCUUGAUUACAUUUUCUUCACGGACACUUUUGAAGAGGACCAACGCGAAGUGCCUGUCGAGAUGGAAGUGAAAAAUGCUAAUGCUGCUAUGCUCAGUAACUAUGAGGUGUUCAAACUCUUGACAGACCUGAAGGAACAGAGGAAGGACAUCGGGAAGAACAAAAGCAGCACCGGGCAGCAGAAUCUCAACACCAUCAUGUAUGAGACGCUGAAGUACCUGUCGAAGACGCCGUGCAGCAGGCAGAGUCCAGAGAUCGUCAAAGACUUCCUCACCACCAUGAUGCCUCACAAACUCACAAAGGCAGAAAAACUGCAGCUACUGAACCACCGGCCACAGACAGCAGUGGAAAUUCAGCUGAUGGUGGAGGAGAGUGAGGAGCGGUUAUCAGAGGAGCAGAUCGAGGAGCUCAUUCAGACGGUCGCAGACGUCCUACCUGGUGACCCGGAGCAGGAGAACGCAGCUCCAGCAGAGGCUGAGAUGGAUGAAGCCGCUGAACAGUCAUGACACAGAAACCGCCCACAGGUGGAGAACUGGACUAUUUGCUUUUUUUUUCUGUGAUUCAAACCGGCUUUUUCGUGAGCCAUUUAGCAUCACAGUUUGAACUGAAAACCAUGCUGAGAGAAGGGACGCACAAUGGCUGCCUGGCUCGUUACCUUUGAAAUGACUUACAUAAUUAUUCAUAUUAAAGUGAAUAAUUUAAUAAAUGUAGGAAUGUUGUUUUUAUUUUCAUUUACAUGUUUAAAUACAAAUCAAACAUGUGUGUGCUUUCAUAAGCACAGGGCUCUUUUGACUGUGAGUCACAUGCAUCAUGUUUUGCAUCAGACUGGUCUAAUUUGUUUUUCAAAUCAGUUCAUGUUUAUGCGAAGUCUGCUAUUAACCUGGUGUAUUUUUGGUUUCUGACUCAGUUGUCAGUUUCUACCGUGGCAUGUAUAAAUAAGGGUUUUUGCUGCUGUAUCAUUUCCCAAGCUGUAAUAUAAGUCAGUCACGCAUUUAAACUUUGGUACGGGACUAACAUAAGGCCAGACAGUAUUAUUAAAAUGGCGAUGUAAUAACAAAGAGACUAGACAGUAUGCACCAAGACAUGAUGGUUGUUCACAUUCAUGCGGUGUUUUUUGAAACAUGCUAAUCUUUUCCCUCUGUUGCUGCAUAAAUAAUAACAGCUGA